AUGGACUUCUUAUGUGAGCCUCCAGAUCUGAUCGCACCCCAAGGGAGUCUGACACGCCUCCGGCUGGAGAACGCCAGGGUGUCGGCCGAGUUCCUGACCACUCUGUCUCAGUGGUGUACUCAAACUCAGUCUGUGGUUCUGAACAACCUGAAGCCUCGAAGCAAACGAGUCAACGAGACGCGAGAGGAUUACCACAAGAACACACGAGGCAGCGUGGAGCCGGGGGUGGAGGCCCUACUGCGGUCGGCAGGGGGCAGUCUGCUCCACCUGUCUGUCUCUCAGUGUCCCCACAUCCUCACCGACCGGACGCUGUGGCUCGCCAGCUGCUACAGCCGCAACCUGAAGACACUCACAUACAGGAGUUCAUCAGAUCCCAUCGGUCACGAGGUUCUCUGGGCCCUGGGCGCGGGCUGCAGGAACAUCAGCAGCCUGCAGGUGGCGCCGGCUCACCCAUGCCAACAGCCCACUCGGUUUGGAAACCGCUGCCUGCAGACGAUUGGUCGAUGCUGGCCACACCUCCGCUGGCUCAGUGUGGGCGGGGCCAGCUGUGGCACUCAGGGAUUGGCUGCUUUGGUGCGUACCUGUGCCCACCUCCAGGUUCUGGAGCUGGAGCGUAUCAGUGACCUGGGCCUGCAGGCCGCCACGGCGCUGUGUGACGCCGGACUGACCAGUCUGGAGACGCUGAUCCUGACGCACACGCCCGUCAGCGGCCAGGCCGUCCUGCACUUCCACAGUGUGUGUGAGAACAUCAGAUCUAUAACGGUGGAGGUGUGUGUAGCAGAUUACUUUGAAGAGCCGGACACUCAGGAAGCUCAACAUCUGUUUGGAGAAAUCAUCAACACGCUGAUGGUUCUUCGGGAGCGUUCGGGACUGUGUGACAUCCUGCAGGUUAAAGUGGAGGGAUUCUGCUGACCCCGACACACACACACACACACACACACACACACACACACACACACACACAC